UCUCCUCUUCAUAUUGGCUCGGCCUCGGCUGGCCUCUCACGGAACUCACUCCCCACACCGCCUUCUCCCCUCCUCCUCCUUCAACGCCUCUUGCGCAGGGCAGGCAGCGCGGCGCGGAAAGGAGAGACGCAACGCAAGCGACCCCAUCCACCACCCAUGGCGACGGCGCCGCCCUCGCCGUGCUUGGACCAUCCUUUGGACGACGACCUCCACGACCCUGCAGACCCUCAGCAGAUGGGCGUGAGGAAGGUGAGGCUGCCGGGCCGCCGGCGCCUGUGCAAGCUCGGCGACACCUCCGACGACGACGACGACCAGCCCGAUGCUGCCAGCUGGGAGACGGAGGAACCCAGCGGGGUAUUUCUGGAUUGCGGGGACGAUGAGGACGUGACGGACCAGGAGGAGGAAAGCCACCGCGACACCGACACGGAGGAGUGGGAGGAGGAGGAGGAGGAAGACCACCACGACACUGACACGGAGGAGUGGGAGGAGGAGGAGGAGGAGGAGGAAGACCAGCACGACACUGACACGGAGGAGUGGAAGGAGGAUGACUUCCAGAUGGAGGCCGCCGCCGGGAGCGGCAAGCCGCCGUACAGGCUCCCUGCAAGGGUGUUCAAUGAAAGCUGAAUAAAACUGUUGCUUAUUGAUGAUUUGGUGCGGCAUACAAGAGUAUAUAAGAGGGUACAAACCGACUUGG